ACACCUAUAAGCUGUCAGUCUGAACAACCUCCACACAUUACACAAUGUAGCCAGAAUGUGGGUGUAUGGUGCAGACGAUUAGCAGGGGUUUAGUUAUGGUCGUUAUAAUGAAAGUUUGGUAUGUACGCAGCCAUAAAGGAAUGGCUGCCCGACAGACAAAUCUCAGGGUAAAAAUGCCCUCUCAUUUGUAGCUCACUGACUGCAGUGCCCUCCAACGGUGUUAUUGCCAAUGGCGUCACUUCGGCUCUCUCCCCCUAACAGACGCUCUGCAGUGUGCCUUCUUGACACACCUUUUGUUGUCUCGUCCAGCUAGAGUCGGCCAACGGUUGCUAGCGAGCAUCACCAGCCUCAACUAACGUUACGUGAAGUUGAGGCAAAAGAGUAACUCCGAAGCCGUGGGAGCCACGAAGUGACGGCCGACACCCUGCCAGGAUGAGUGGUGAUGGUAUGAACCCAGCUGCAGUGGCUCAGCCAGGAGAGGAUGUACGAGGAGAUGACCGGUGGAUGUCACAGCACACCAGAUUUGUGCAGGAGUGCAAGGAUGCUGAACCAGACGUGCUUUUUGUGGGAGAUUCUAUGAUACAACUAAUGCAGCAGUAUGAGGUCUGGAGGGAAGUGUUCUCCCCUCUUCAUGCGCUCAACUUUGGCAUUGGAGGAGACACCACCUGUAAUGUGCUGUGGAGGCUACAGAAUGGAGAGCUGCAAAACAUCCAUCCCAAGGUGGUGGUGUUGUGGGUGGGAACCAACAAUUACGAACACACAGCAGAGCAAGUUGCAGGAGGAAUUCUUGCUAUUGCGCAGCUGCUCACCUCCCGCCUCCCCAAUGCAAAGGUAGUUGUACUGGGUUUGUUGCCUCGAGGGGAGCAACCCAACCCACUGAGGCAGAAGAACGCGGCGGUUAACGACUUCCUGCGCUCCUGGCUGCCCCGCCUGGGCCAGGCUCUGCUCCUGGAUGUGAGCGGGGGGUUCGUUCACUCUGAUGGAGCCAUCAGCCCACAGGACAUGUUUGACUUCCUCCACCUGACAUCGACAGGUUACCGCACCAUGGCAAAGCCCCUCAGUGACCUGCUGCGGCAGAUACUGAACGAGGCGCCAGAGGACAGGCGCGCACCCCUGGUUUGAGGGCCGUGGCCGAGCAGCACGUCUAUCCAGAGGCAUGUCUCACCCGCUGCUAUGGGAGACGGGGUGAGACAUGUCCCUGCUAUCUGGAGGAGGAAUGGCUCACUCGUGGGGGUGAGAGGCGCCCCGAUGUGAGUGGGAUCACAUUCAUGAGUAGAGGGUGCUGAAGAUGGGGAGAGACCUCACUACAGAUGUAGACACUGUGAUAAUUUACAAAGUCAGACUUCUCUGAAUUACAGACAGAUAUACUGAGAUCAAGUGGGACUCCAGUGGCACACACAUACACACACACACAGAUUAAUUUUGGCCUGUGGAUAAAAUGACUGUUUACCUCAGUCAUCGGUGCCACGGAAACAUGAUACAAAUAUUAACACUUGAGAAGUCCAGUGCACGGCAUACUCACAGCAGGCAGAACAUUAUCUAACAUCGAGCAGUGGUUCUCAACCCGGAGUCAGUCGCCCCUCAGCUGUCACAUGACAAAUUAUAACUUUAAUGGGAUAAAAGGGGUAAAAAAAUAAAUUAUGUUGCUUUUUUUCUUACUUAUAAAACAAGAAUACUUCUAUCUCUUAAGACUAAAUUUAAACAAUAUUUGGUGGCAUUGUUUCCUGUAAAAAGGUUGAGAACCACUGCUGAGAUUUAUUGUAGUGAGCAGUAUUUAAACAACAAACAACAACAAAAACAGCUCUCAGUAUUAAGACGAUUUUGCUGAAAACAUAAUCCAAUGAAGCAAAUGUCAUGUAAAAUAAUUACAGAAAUGUAUUCUGGCUGUCCAGUUGUUUAUGCGUGCUAUAUCAUAUACUCUGCAAAACCAGGAGCACUUAUACCGCUAAAUGUUCACUUUUGAACUAAUUGGUUGUCUUUUUUUAACGGAUAAUCAACAUAAAUAGAUCAAUGUAUAUCUGGAGAGUUAACCACUUUCCCACAAACUACACACACUGCGGAUCACUACUUCAUCCUUGUGUCACUGAACUAAAUGUUCACCUGAAACUUGAUGUUAUAGGCUGCAUGCUCAAAAAUCACGUAUUCGUACAUAGUCGUCAUCAGUGAGACUGUUGCAGCUACUUGUCUUCCAAACACUCCCGACCCCGCUGUGCAAACACGUCGCUCACACCCGACUGGUGUAUUUACAUUUACUUGUAGAAUUACAUUUAACUCUUUGUGUGCAGAUACAUUUACUGUGACUUUUCAUACGUUUUGUUUUGCCAAACUAAGACCUGCCAGCUUUUAAAACGUUGCUCCGAACAACUUGUUAACUGUUAACCGAUUAUCUGUUGAAGGACAUUGUUGAAUAGAAACAAAGAUGUCAAUGACAUUGUGUGUGCACUGUUUUUCAGUCGUGAUGCACUUAUAGUAAAGCAGUUGAUUUUAUUUUUUCACAACAUACAAAAACAAAAGUAGAGCCUUCAGCUCAAGUACUCCAGUAGCUCCAGGUUAUUCCUCCCUCUCCUUCCCUAAAUACAUGCAUAUACAGUAUUUUCUCUUAAAAGCACAUCUUUAUUCUGUUUCUCCCUGUUUGUUGUCGCCUCUCACCCAGCCCUGCCUGGGCCCUGGCAUCUCUGUGGUGGAGUUACUGAAUAUAUUUCAGAAUAAAAAGUAGUCACACGGUUAAGCUACUGAUGACGGUUAUACUGAAUAUUGUCACGCUAAAUGCUAAAAAGCAAACACAGGUCAUGUCAAGAAAAGUGUUUGUCUGUGAGCUUCUACUGUAGCUUAGUUAUUUCUUCUGUUCAAACCGCGGCUGAGAGUCUCUGGAGCGUCGACAGCCUCCGACGUUAUUGCUGUCUUAAGCUCUGCACGUUUGCGUGCUGUAUAUAAAUUGUUUAUGUGUGUGUGUGUGUGUGUGUGCGUGCCUUAAGUGUUGAUGGGGACUGUGUGUCUGGUACUGGAUCGUGUCAGUUGGACGAAUGAGUGGAGAAGUGACCCCGGCUGUAUAUAAAACGUGUGAAGCUCGAGGAAGUGACGCUUGAAGGGGGUUCAGAUUGUUGGUGUGUGUUCAGUGUGAUACGCCAUUUGCACUGUUUUACCUCGUCACGUUAUUGAGUUAAAUCAUUCCAAUAAAACAAAGAAGGAUCUAA